AUGUCCAUUUACGUUAUCACUGGGGUGUCCAAGGGACUAGGGUUCGAAUUCCUUAGGCAGAUCUCCGAGGAUCAGAAGAACGUGGUUAUCGGUCUGGUCCGCGAUACAGCUGCCACCGAGAAGAAGAUAGCUGCGGAAUUAGGUGACCGCCCUAACAUCCACAUCUUGCACGGAGACCUCACCAAAUACGCCAGCCUAAAGCAAGCCGCUGCCGACACAACCAAGAUUGUUGGCGAGCGUGGCAUCGACUACCUGGUGGCUAAUGCAGGUUUGGUGUCUUCCUUGGACGGGUUUGGACCCAUCGGCGCAUUGAGUGAAAAGGUCGAGGAAGUAGAUGCUGUUUCAUCGCAGCUCUUUGACACCAAUGUCAUCGGCAAUAUCCACCUCUUCCACCUCUUCCUCCCUCUUGUCCUGAAAGGCACGGUCAAGAAGAUUAUUACCAUUUCCACCGGUAUGGCCGACCUCAACCUAACCAACGAUUGCGAGGUGGAUCUUGGUGCUUUGUACUCUGCCUCCAAGGCCGCCAUGAACAUCAUUGUGGCUAAGUUCAACGCGCAAUACAAGAAAGACGGUGUGCUUUUCAUGAGCAUCAGUCCAGGGCUAGUGGAAGUGGGCCGCCACACGGAUCCCACUCCAGAAGAGAUAGAGGGCUUGACAGAAUUCAUGGGCAAGCUCGUGAAAUAUGCGCCUCACUUCAAGGGCCCGAUCACCCCGGAAGAAUCUAUCCGACAUGUCAGGUCAACCUGGGAGAAGGCUAGCAUUGAGGAUGGGUUCGGUGGUGCAUUUGUCUCACAUCUUGGAAAUAAGCAGUGGUUAUAA